CAAACUUCACAUAGCUGUCAACUUCAAUCGCGAGCUUUCACUUACUUUCAGAUAUCAAAAGCCGACUCUCCCUUAAGCUUCUGUAGAAAUUAAAUGUCACACAUUUCGCGAAAAAUACAGUGAAAAGUUUUGUAAAUAGACUUAUUGAACGCAAGCGAGCGUAACUUUUUUUUUGCUCUGUUGGGCGGUUUCAAUGUGAUUUCGAGUUAGUAAUGCGUGCGUGAGGACGUUUGUGUCAGCAAAUUUCGCUUGUAAAGCCCGCUUAAUUCACCAUUUGAUCUGAAUUUAGUUACUAGAGUGGCUGUCACACCGUCUAAAAUAAUGGAUUAAAUAAUGCUGAUGGAGGAACAGAGCAGCUCUGGCGAAGAUGAGGGCUCUAGAGAGAAAGGUGUGCUCUACAGAUGGCAGGGCUAUUUCUGCGGUGUGACCCCAGAGAGACUGCUUCUGUCCAGGCCUGUGCGUCAUGCUGCCCUGGGAAAUGUACAUGGACUUCUCCUGACGGAAGAUGGGCAUGUGUAUAGUUUUGGCGAGCAGCCGUGGAAACGAGUCAGCUCUCAUCCUGCCGGCCCUGUUUUAGAGAGCGCGCUGAGAGAACAGCAUGUGAUCUCCGUGUCGGCGGGCAGCUAUCACUCUUCUGCUGUAACAGUGGAUGGGCACAUCCACAUGUGGGGCGAAAACUCCCAUGGCCAGUGUGGCAUCUCUGGAAUGGAGCAGGUACCCAAUCCCACUCCUGUCAGUGUGGUGGAUGGUGAGACCCAUCCACCGCAACUGGUCCAAGUCCUAAACGUGGCCUGCGGAGCGCAGCACACUCUGGCCCUGUCAAGAAAGCAUGAGGUGUGGGCCUGGGGAAGUGGCUGCCAGCUGGGACUGGUUACCAGCGUAUUCCCGGUAUGGACACCCCAGAAGGUGGAGCAUUUAGUGGGAAGAUAUGUGAUUCAGAUUGCUUGUGGUGGGUUCCACAGCCUAGCUCUGGUUCAGUUUCUUCCUUCCCCAGAAGCCAGUCAGCAAACUCGGGAUAGAUGUGGGCAGUGUAAGCAGAGCCUUUUCACCAUGACUGAAAAGGAUGACCAUGUGAUUAUUUCCGAUGAGCAUUACUGUCCACUUGGAGUGGAACUGGCUGAUACUAAACAAGGUCAAAGAUCAGGACAAAGUUCUCCAGCUCGGACGCCAGAAACCAAAAACUUCUCGCCCAACUCCCAAGUAUCCCCUCUCACCUCGAAUAACAUUUGUGCAGGCCAGGGAUCCUCAUUCGGAUCUCAGCAAAAUAUCACAAGCCAGGAGACUCAACUAGACCUUGCUGUAUCUGAAGUUGGGGAUGUACGUCUGCGACGAACCAAUAGCACUCCCUACCCUGAUGAGCAGGCUCUGAAAGACUACCUCAAAAGGAUUUCGGAUCAGACCCUCGCUGAGCAGGCCGAGGCCACCUCAGUAGGAGGUUCCCAUCCUCCGAGCCGUCAGACAUCCCUCACGUGUCCUUUCCGAUCAGACCAAAGUGAUGAGCUUACAUUACAUCCCUCUUCACCUACACUGAGCAGACCUGAUAGGAUCGCAGCUUCUGUCAGACAACGCAGUGCAUCAGAUACUGUCACAGACCAGAAACACUCUCUCAAUUUAUUACCAACAUUGGAUUCCACUUCUGAUGAUUCUUCACAACACUCAAGUGUGGAUGGAGGCAUAUGCAUCAGUGACCUUUUAAUCAGCAGUGGAUGUUUAUUUGAGUCCUGUGAGGAGGGCGGAGACACUGCUGGAAUGGACUUCUGUCCAGCCAAUUCUCUGCAAAGUAAGGAGUGCACCAGUCUUAUGGACAUCACAUUAGAGGACACUGAAGCACAAGAACGCAGACAGUCUUUACCUGGUUUCUCUCCAGUGUCGCCUUCUGACAGUCAUCGAACCAACAAUUUGAGAGGUGCAGUGACAACAACCUCUAUCUCAGAAUCCAGAAAUCUCCUUCCUUCCCUCUACACUGAGGUGUGGAGUUGGGGGAGGGGCCAGGAAGGUCAGCUAGGUCAUGGAGACUAUUUGCCCAGGUUACAGCCUCUCUGCAUUAAGAGUUUGAGUAAAAAGGAAGUUGUCAAGAUCACAGCUGGAGCAAAUCACUCCUUGGCGCUAACAGCUCAGUGUCAGGUUUAUUCCUGGGGAAGUGACAAAUUUGGGCAGCUGGGUCAUAUGAAUGCUCCCUGCACAGUUCCUAAUCUCACCAUGAUCUCUGACGGUAUCCGUGUGUGGGACGUGGCAGCAGGGCAAACGCACACUUUGCUGCUGGCUGAUGGAGACUGUUAUCAGCCUAUUCUCUACUAUAGUGGAGAGCAGGUGCUGGCGAACUCCGACAGUGCUCAUCCUCUCUCUGGGACCUACACCCAGACGCCCACCCUUCUGCCCUUCUGCAUGAAUAUUGGUUAUGUGAGCAAAGUGUUUGGGGGAGGACUGAAUUGUUUGGCUUUGGCCGAUCAGAACGCAAUGGGUUUCAUAGCGACAGUUCACGAGCUUGCUUCGUCAGAGAGGAAGUUCUACUGCAUCCUCAGCAAGGUGAAGAGCCAAAUCCUGAGCCCCCUACUAGGUCGUGCGAGUUUGGGCUCGUCUCUGGGUCAGUCCUCCAUGUUGCUGUUUCAAGAGAUGGCUGGUAGUUUCAGCAAGCUUUGCCAUCUGACAGGACAGCACUCAGCAUCCCUCACCAACUUCCUGCAGCGAGGCAAAGCGAUCAAAACACUGGUCUUGAUCAAGAACACAGCCAUUUUCAUUGACACCUAUAAAGAGUACAGCGAUCCAGUGGGAAACUUUCUUGUUAUGGGAGGAUUCCAGUCAUUGCUGAAACCCUCACAAGAAUUAUUUGGGAAGAAACUGGAGUUAAUACAGUCUCUGCUAGAGUCCAAGGAGAAGAACCCAUCACCCUGUGAUCUGUUAGUCAGCUUGUUUUGCAUGCCCUUACAGCACCUGCAUAGCUAUAACAGAUUACUUCUGAAACUAGCCAACUGCUUUGAAGUGAACACUGAGGAAUACCAGUGGAUUCAAAAUGGCUGCUCCAAAUAUGAAGCUUUAGCUCGCUUUGUCAGCAAGCAGAGAAAAGAUGCUGAGGCCACUUUCAAUUUCUGGAAGAACUUCAAAGGAAAGAAUUCGGAAUCUCUGCGUAAGCCGUCUCGUCGUCUGGUUUGUGAGAGCAGUAAUAAAGCUCUGACGUUACAAAACGCUGGAAGAUUCUCUGCCAGCUGGUUCAUCCUCUUCAGUGAUGUCCUGGUUCAUGCACAGGGCACUAUUCCUUCAAAGAAACUUUUCUCAUCUCACUACAUCUACCCCCUUGCUACACUAUGGGUGGAGCCCAUCUCAGAUGAAAGUCUGGGCAUACUUGCCCUUAAGCUGACCACACCUGAAGAUAGCUUUGUUGUUCUGGCAUCUUCCCCUCUGGAAAAGGGAAAGUGGCUGAGGGCCAUUAACCAGGCCACUGAGGAAGUGCUUGCUGCAGGCCUGAACAGGAGGACACUUGUGUCUAGAAGCAGCCAGAAUGGAGAUCCUCCUGUGUCACGUACUUCCACCUACACUUUCAGUAAAGAGGGCCGACUCAAGGAUGCUGUGUACGAGGGCCGCUGGCUAUCAGGCAAACCUCACGGCAAGGGGAUUCUGAAGUGGCCAGAUGGGACAGUUUACUGUGGCACAUUCAAAAACGGGUUGGAGGAUGGAUUUGGAGAUUAUAUGAUGCCCAAUGCAACCCUCAACAAGUUUGAGCGUUACCAAGGCCACUGGAAGGAAGGGAAAAUGCAUGGCUUUGGCACAUACUGGCAUGCUUCAGGUGAGGUAUACGAGGGCUCAUUCAGGGACAACAUGCGUCAUGGACACGGUAUGUUACGGAGUGGGAAGAUGGCCUCUCCUUCCUCCAGUAGUGUGUUUGUGGGCCAGUGGGUGCAAGGAAAGAGAACAGGCUAUGGGGUUUGUGAUGACUUCAGCAGAGGAGAGAAAUACAUGGGAAUGUGGCUUGAUGACCAGCAACAUGGAGAUGGGGUCGUUAUCACUCAGUUUGGAUUGUAUUUUGAAGGAAACUUCUCUAAUAACAAGAUGAUGGGCAAUGGGACUCUUCUCUGUGAUGAUGACACAGUAUUUGAGGGCGAGUUUUCAGAAGACUGGACUCUGUGUGGAAAGGGCGUCCUAUUCAUGCCUAAUGGUGAUUCAUUGGAUGGGGUCUUUGAUGGUCAGUGGGGAACCGGUCUGAGAGUGGCUGGAACUUUCACAAAACCCUUUGAAUCUUUGAGGAGAGAAAGCAAGAUGCCUGUGGCUGGUCAACACGCAGUGCCUGCAGAAGAAAAGUGGAAAGCCGUGUUUGAGGAGUGCUGGUGUCGACUAGGCUGUGAAACUCCUGGUCAGGGACUGUAUAAGAAAGCCUGGGAGAACAUCGCCAUCUCCCUCACUGCCAGACGCAGACAACAAAGAGAUUCUCCAGAGGAGCUGAGUCGAUCUCAGACUAAGAUGCUGGAGAGUCUUGAGGUGAUUCCUCAACAUGUAGGCCCUGUUACUGCAGACUCCUACAACAACAUUCGUCGGUAUCUCUUGAAGGCCUGUGACACCCCUCUGCACCCGCUGGGCUGGCUGCUGGAGACCCUCGUCACUGUGUACAGGAUGACCUACGUUGGUGUGGGCUCCAACAGACGGCUCCUACAGCAGGCAGUGGAGGAGAUCCAAUCAUACCUAACAGGCAUAUUCCAAAUAGUCAGGUUUCUGUUUCCUGGUCUUCCUGCGGACGGAAGUUUUAUUCUGGAUUCCUCUAGUUCCUCGGAUGAGGGCACAGACUCUCUUAACAGCAGUACACACUCAGAAACUCCACAGCAGGGUUGGUUAGUGAGCAGCUCAAGUCUUCUCCUGCCGGUGUUGCUGCCGAGGCUUUACCCUCCUCUCUUCACCCUCUACACACUAGAGAAAGAGAGAGAGGAGGAAGUGUACUGGAACUGUGUGCUAAGACUCAACAAACAGCCUGAUCUCGCCCUCCUAGCCUUCCUUGGAGUACAACAAAAGUUCUGGCCAGUUUCUAUCUCUGUAUUGGGAGAGAUAAAGCAGGUCUUGCCUAGUACUAAAGACGCCUGCUUUGCUACUGCUGUUGAGACCCUACAACAAAUCAGCACAGCAUUCACUCCCUCAGACAAGUUACAGGUGAUACAGCUGACCUUUGAGGAGGUCACCCAGGAAGUGACAGGACUGCUUGGGCUGGAGUUUCUAUGGUCCAUGGAUGACCUCUUUCCAAUCUUCCUCUAUGUGGUGCUCCGUGCGCGGAUCAGAAACCUGGGCUCUGAAGUCAGUCUGAUAGAGGACCUUACAGACUCCAGUCUACAGCUGGGACAGCUUGGGUUCAUGUUGACAACUCUCAAAGCCUGCUACAACCAGAUUCAGCUUGAGAAGACUACAUAGGGAUGGGUUGGUGUGGGAGCAGCUCAGCUUGCCUAACUUGCGCACUUAUGGAGUAGGUGCUGUUUAAAUAGACAUGGAUUACAGGUCAAAGUCAAGAUGUGCUCAUUUAUUUCAGGCCUCAAGAAGAGGCUCAUUUUCAACUCAAACAUUCCCUUAAACACUGUGCUACAGAAAUGACUUCCAUUUUUAUGUUUUUAUACUCUCAAACUGACCAUUUGACAGACAGUAAAAUUACACCUUGAAGAAACAUCCAUAUUAACUGUACAGAAAAGAGACGUCAAUAGUUUUAUACAAAAUCGUUAUAUAACUAUAUAAUUAUUCAAGCACUCACCAUGUCUCAAUAUGUUAUACUAGUUUUGGUAAUAACUGACACUCAUUACUAUAUAUAUAUAUAUAUAUAUAUAUAUAUAUACUGUAUAUAUAUAUAUAUUAUUUGGCAUCAGACUGUUACUGACAUGUUUACUGAUACUCCAACUAAUGAUAAUGCUCUAAUUUGAAUCAGAAGAAGCUAUAUAAUUGUCAGAGCAGAACCAAUGUACUAAGGUACCUAUGGGUUUUGAUGGAAUGAUCUCAGAGUGAAAGCAACUUUAACAACUUAAAACAUAUUUAUAUAAGGAACAUAGCAAUGGACAACAUAAUCCAUAAUAUUUUGCUAUAGAUGCAUACAUAAACUAAUCAUGAAAAGUUUAAGCUCAGUAAGAUUUUUUAAUGUUUUUCACAGAAGUCCCUUUUGCUUACAAAUGUUGAAUUUAUUUAAUCAAAAAAUACAGUACAAAAUUACUAUUUAAAUUUCUUAAAUUUAUUUAAAUGUAAUUUACUCCUGUGAUAAAAGCUGAGUUUUCAGCAUCAUUAAUGUUUAGGAUGGUGCUUGUUUGCUGCUUAAGAAACAUUUCUUCUUAUUAUUAUUAACGUUGAAAACAGAUCUGCUGCUUUUUUGAGCUGCAUUUUUUUCAGCAUUCUUUGAUUAAGAAAACAGCAUUUAUUUGAAAUCAAAUAUUUUGCAUCAUUAAUCAUUAUAAAUGUAUUUACUGUCAAUUUGGAUCUCUUUAAUGCAUCUUUUUAGGAUACAACUAUUAAUUCCUUAUUUAAAAAAAAAAAAAAAAAAUCUUACUGAUCCCAGUUUUUUUUUUAAUGGUGGUGUAUAAAAAUGAUCCAUCCGAAGUAACUUCACUAUCAUAGGAAAUUCACUAAAAGUGAAUCCGACUUUACAAUGCUUUUUAAGAGAGAGAGCAUUUAAGGAGAGCAUGUAUGAUUAAGUUGUUAUAGCUUACAUGGUUGCAAAGCAGUGCCAUUGGUUUUUGGUGAAAAAAUAGCUUGAUACUGCAUGAAAAUAGCUUGUUAUUGCAGUUACUGUCACGUUACUGAAAAAUGUAGACAAAUUAAUAGUAUCGCUACUUUUAACUUGUAAACAAUCCUAUAAAUUCCAUGGAUGCAUCCCUAUUAUUAACCAGCUUCUGUUUGGGUUACUGGUUCUGUUGUGAUUUUGCACAUCACACAGGGUUUCUGUGUUUUGAAAUACAUUUGUAGUCUUGUGAUGUUGGUAUUAUAAAUCGUAAGUAGACAUUGAACAAUGUCAUUGAAGCACUGACAUGUAAAGAUGGCUUGCAGUACUGAAGACAUAACUGAAGUCAGAUUAUGUUGUGAUGUAUUUUAACUGUAUAAUCUGUGUAUCUCUGAAACAACUGAUAUUCUGAAAGAAAUGGUUUGCAUUUCAGCAUAUGACAGCAUACUGACAUGAAACACUAUAUGAAAUUUGAUUUAGUUGUAAUUUGAUACACUCUCAUCAAAGUGUGCCGGAGUGAAUUUAUUAAGAUAUAUUUAGAGCUUAUACACUGAAGUCUUGAGUAAUAUUUUCUCAGUCCAUGGCAUUUUUCCAAUAUGCAAUAAGGGAAUAAUAUUUAUAAAAUAUUAGGAAUAUGCUGUAUAUUUUCAACUUGUUUAAAGAGCAAACUAAUUAAGGACUAGUGUGUGUUUGUUUUCUUUUAAAUGCAUUUUUUGUACAGUACAUUUGAACAUGCACUGAAAAGUUUUGCUGAUAUGUCACACAGCCUUAGUGUGAGAUCUAGUGAUAACUGAAAUGGUUUUUUAACGACAAUUAAUGUUUGUUUGUUUUUUUCAUUAAAAACCAACCAAUUGUUAGCUGGUGCUGUUUAUCACAAAUUGGCUAAAUAUUGCCUUAUUAAUCGGCCGUCCCAAUAUUUGUCUAGUCUGUCACUAGUUGGGUCAUUGUCAUCACUAUGCUGGUUAAUAAGACAUUGCUUAUAAAGAUCAUAAAUACGACAGCAACUUUACUGCUAUACUGGCUGGUUUUGUUUUUCAGAAGGUUACUGGUUUUAAUAAAAUACUUGCACUGUCAUUGUUGAUCUAAUUAUUCAUGUCACCUUAAAAAUGAAUUUGUUUAAUGCAUUCGAAUUGAGUUCAUAUGAAAAAAAAAAUUAAUAAUUUAACAAUUAUCUGACAGACUUCUUUAAUAAAUGCUGCAUAAUUGGGAGAUGAAA